AGGUUGAAAAUGUUGGAAGAGUAAAAAAUGGUAGAAUGGACAUUUGGUAAAGUUUGGAUUGCCAAAAAUGGAAAGAUGACAUUAAUUUUGGGACAUCCCUAUAGAAAAGUGUUUCAUCCAUUCCGGGACAGAUGGAAUAUUUUGAAUACUUCUAUAUAUGAUGUAUUUUGAAUAUAUUUGGAAUGCUUAACUUCCAUUGCGUUUUUGGCAGGAAAUAUAUUCGGUUAAACUUCCUGGUGAUCCAAAAUUGGGUGAAGGAAAACCUGAAAAUCAGAAUCAUGCAGUUAUUUUCACCCGUGGGGAAGCUAUUCAAACAAUUGACAUGAAUCAGGAUAACUACCUUGAGGAGGCAAUGAAGAUGAGGAACCUUCUUCAGGAAUUUCAUGAAAAUCAUGGACUACGGCCACCCACCAUACUUGGUGUAAGGGAGCAUGUAUUCACAGGAAGUGUCUCAUCAUUAGCGUGGUUCAUGUCCAACCAAGAGACCAGCUUCGUGACAUUGGGACAACGGGUUCUGGCUAAUCCUCUCAAAGUGAGAAUGCACUAUGGGCAUCCUGAUGUUUUUGACCGAAUUUUCCAUAUUACUCGAGGUGGCAUAAGUAAAGCAUCACGUGUCAUCAACAUCAGUGAAGAUAUUUUUGCCGGGUUUAAUUCUACAUUACGCCAAGGCAACAUAACUCAUCAUGAAUAUAUUCAGGUUGGUAAGGGAAGAGAUGUCGGAUUAAAUCAGAUCGCCUUAUUUGAAGGCAAAGUUGCAGGUGGUAAUGGGGAACAAGUUCUAAGCAGGGAUGUUUACAGGCUUGGGCAGCUCUUUGAUUUCUUUCGGAUGCUUUCCUUCUUUUACACCACUGUUGGAUUUUAUGUUUGUACCAUGAUGACAGUCCUUACAGUUUAUAUUUUCUUAUAUGGGAGAGUAUAUCUGGCUUUUUCCGGACUUGAUGCGGGAAUUUCACGACGAGCUAGAUUUUUGGGUAAUACAGCAUUGGAUGCUGCUCUAAAUGCCCAAUUUUUUGUUCAGAUAGGAGUAUUCACGGCAGUACCAAUGAUCAUGGGUUUUAUACUUGAAAAAGGUUUGCUUAAGGCUGUUUUCAGCUUCAUUACUAUGCAGUUGCAGCUUUGUUCUGUCUUCUUCACAUUUUCUUUAGGGACCAGAACCCAUUAUUUUGGACGUACAAUCCUCCAUGGUGGUGCAAAGUACCGUGCCACUGGAAGAGGAUUUGUUGUUCGACACAUCAAAUUUGCAGAGAACUAUAGGCUCUAUUCUAGAAGUCAUUUUGUCAAAGCGCUUGAAGUUGCUCUACUUCUAACAGUUUACAUUGCAUAUGGAUACACGAAGGGAGGUGCCUCCUCAUUUAUUCUAUUGACUCUCAGCAGUUGGUUCCUUGUUAUAUCAUGGCUAUUCGCUCCUUAUAUCUUCAAUCCAUCUGGAUUUGAAUGGCAGAAGACUGUCGAGGAUUUUGAUGAUUGGACCAGUUGGCUAUUAUAUAAGGGGGGAGUAGGUGUGAAGGGAGAUAAUAGCUGGGAAUCUUGGUGGGAUGAAGAACAGAUGCAUAUUCAGACUUUGAGAGGCCGGAUACUUGAAACAAUUUUAAGCUUGAGAUUUUUCAUUUUCCAGUAUGGUAUUGUUUAUAAGCUGCACUUGACAGGGAAAGACACCUCUCUAGCGAUUUAUGGAUUCUCGUGGAUUGUGCUCAUUGGUAUUGUAAUGAUCUUCAAGAUAUUCACAUUUAGCCCCAAGAAUUCCACCAACUUCCAGCUCAUGCUUCGGUUCAUUCAAGGAGUUACUGCCUUGGGUCUUGUUGCUGCCAUCUGCAUUGUCAUUGCAUUGACUCGCCUUUCUAUUGCUGAUUUAUUUGCUAGUGUCCUGGCAUUCGUUGCUACAGGAUGGGCCCUUAUUUGUUUGGCCAUCACAUGGAAGAGGGUGGUGAGAAGUUUAGGGAUGUGGGAUUCUGUUAAAGAGUUUGCACGAAUGUACGAUGCGGGAAUGGGAAUGAUCAUCUUUGCCCCUAUAGCAGUACUGUCGUGGUUUCCCUUCGUGUCUACCUUCCAGUCUCGCAUUCUCUUUAACCAAGCAUUCAGUCGCGGGUUGGAGAUCUCGCUCAUUCUUGCUGGGAACAAAGCCAAUAUUGAGCCCUCUGCUUUUUAGUGAACAAUCCUUUGAGCUCAAGCUGCCUCUAUAAUUGUUGUGAGUUUACUAAAGGACCUUUGUGAUCCUAACUUAUGUUUUACUUUACAAUUCUUCUUUUGGAAACCAUGGGACAUUCUUUUUGUCUCACUUUGUAAUUUUUUUUCUUUCCAAAAUUUGGCUUGUACAUAAGCAUUCAUUUUGAUUGGUACUUGGUAAUGGUGAUUGGUCCAAUUU